GGAGGCGCUUGGGGGGUGGGGGGGCGGCUCGACUCUCGUCUCCGGGAUCCCGAGGCCUGGAUGGCGGCCGGAGCGCCGCGGGCUCCGCGCUAACCCUCGGCCCGGCCCGGCCCGGCCCGGCCCCUGAGGAAGCGGAUCCGAGGAGGAGCCCGGGAGCGGGAGGAACAUGACAUCCCGGAGAUGGUUUCACCCAAAUAUCACUGGAGUGGAGGCAGAAAAUCUACUGCUGACACGAGGAGUUGAUGGCAGCUUCUUGGCCAGGCCCAGCAAGAGUAAUCCAGGAGACUUCACACUUUCUGUUAGGCGGAAUGGUGCCGUCACUCACAUCAAGAUUCAGAACACUGGUGACUAUUAUGACCUGUAUGGCGGGGAGAAGUUUGCCACACUGGCUGAGUUAGUGCAGUAUUACAUGGAGCAUCAUGGACAGUUGAAGGAAAAGAAUGGUGACGUUAUCGAGCUCAAGUACCCGCUGAACUGUGCUGACCCUACCUCGGAAAGGUGGUUUCAUGGGCACCUCUCUGGGAAAGAAGCAGAGAAAUUACUGACUGAGAAAGGAAAACAUGGAAGCUUCCUGGUGCGGGAAAGCCAGAGCCACCCAGGGGACUUUGUUCUCUCUGUGCGCACAGGGGAUGACAAAGGCGAGAGUAACGAUGGCAAAUCAAAAGUGACGCACGUCAUGAUUCGCUGCCAGGAUCUGAAAUAUGAUGUUGGUGGAGGAGAGAAGUUUGAUUCUUUAACUGACCUUGUGGAGCAUUACAAGAAGAACCCGAUGGUGGAAACUCUGGGGACAGUACUACAACUCAAGCAGCCCCUGAAUACAACGCGUAUCAAUGCUGCAGAGAUUGAAAGCCGUGUGAGAGAAUUAAGCAAAUUGGCUGAGACCACAGAUAAAGUUAAACAGGGUUUUUGGGAAGAAUUUGAGACUCUACAACAGCAGGAAUGCAAGCUCCUAUAUAGCCGUAAAGAGGGUCAGCGGCCAGAAAAUAAAAACAAAAACAGAUAUAAGAACAUCUUGCCAUUUGAUCAUACCAGGGUUGUCCUGCAUGAUGGAGAUCCGAAUGAACCAGUUUCAGACUACAUUAAUGCAAACAUCAUCAUGCCUGAGUUUGAGACCAAGUGCAACAAUUCAAAGCCCAAGAAGAGUUACAUUGCCACCCAGGGCUGCCUGCCGACCACAGUGAAUGACUUCUGGAGGAUGGUGUGCCAGGAGAACUCGCGAGUUAUCGUCAUGACGACGAAGGAAGUGGAGAGAGGCAAGAGUAAAUGUGUCAAAUACUGGCCCGAUGAAUAUGCUCUAAAGGAGUAUGGGGCUAUGCGUGUUAGAAACGUCAAAGAAAGCGCUGCCCAUGACUAUACACUGAGAGAGCUUAAGCUCUCUAAGGUUGGACAAGCUCUACUUCAGGGGAACACGGAGAGAACAGUAUGGCAGUAUCAUUUUAGAACCUGGCCCGAUCACGGCGUGCCUACUGAUCCCGGGGGUGUUCUGGACUUUUUAGAAGAGGUCCAUCACAAGCAGGAGAGCAUUCCUGAUGCAGGCCCUGUGGUGGUGCAUUGCAGUGCUGGGAUUGGCAGGACAGGAACUUUCAUUGUGAUUGACAUCCUUAUUGACAUUAUCAGAGAGAAAGGUGUGGAUUGUGACAUUGAUGUUCCCAAGACCAUUCAGAUGGUGAGAUCCCAGAGGUCAGGGAUGGUCCAGACAGAAGCCCAGUACAGAUUUAUCUACAUGGCCGUGCAGCAUUAUAUUGAGACGCUACAGCGCAGAAUUGAGGAGGAGCAGAAAAGUAAGAGAAAAGGGCAUGAAUAUACAAACAUUAAAUAUUCCCUAGCGGACCAGACAAGUGGAGAUCAGAGUCCUCUCCCACCCUGCACCCCGACUCCAGCCUGUCCAGAAAUGAGAGAAGAUAGCGCUAGAGUAUAUGAAAAUGUGGGCUUGGUGCAGCAGCAGAAGAGUUUUAGAUGAGAAGACCUGCCGAGGUUUCAGCUCAGAGCUGGAUAUGACUAUUCCUCCCCACCCCCAAAAGGUCAAGAAAGAUGCAAGUACUUUCAUGUGAAGAAUGAAUUUGGAAGGUUUGCAUUCUGACUGUUUAACUUCUGCUAAUAAGCAAAGUGCGAAACCAUAUAAAGAUCAUGAAUUUCUCUCUCAACAAUGCCUGAUUUACAGUUGCUUGUUUUUUAAAUAAGAAGAAAUCAUCUCUACAAUGUAGACAAUGUUAUAUUUUAUAGAAUUUUGUUUUAAAUUGAGGAAGCUAUUAAAUUUUCGUUUCCACAUUUUGCAGAUGAGGGUGAUUAAAAUUCAAAUUAUCAGCAUUUUUCUUUUUAAAAUUGGAGCAGAUUUAUUCUCUUUCUCUUUGUGAGGCAUGAAAGGGCACUUUUUGAAGGAGCAAUGAUUUGGGAAAAUCUGUCAAAACAACAUCCAGUACAAAUGGGAACAAUUUUUUAUUAUUAUCUAUUGUAACUGAUAGGGGAUAGAAUCAUGUCCUAAUGCCUGAAGCUUACGGAGUCGAGCAUUUCCUUUCCAAUUGGCCACUUCAAAGUGGAAGGUGAUGAUGGUUUUUGGAGAGGAGGUGCCUUUUUUUGUUAGCAGAUGGCUGACUUAUUUCUCAGCCUAGUUGUUGAGUUUCUGUUGGGAAAACAUGCACAACCCUUUGAACCAGAGUCACUGUCUUUAUGCUGAAGAGAAAACUGAUGACCAGUGUUGGAGGGAACAUUUGCAGUCAUUCAGAAAAGCAGCAGCUUGUAGCAGCGGCAGGAGGCGGCAGCAGCCUGGGGUGAUUCCUGUGGCCUUCACGGUCAUCUAGCGGCUUGACAGUUGGAGGCAGAAGACCUUUUAGUGAGCUUCUGAUGAUUCUUUGUGAUUGCUCAACCCCAACCACCCUGCCAUGCCAUCUGUGAGCUGAUAUGUGUGACCCUUUCCCCAUGCUCGGGGCUCCUGUGGUUUUCAGUAAGGCCUUACACUUCUCUAGGUGAUCUGUACUUCAGAAUCCAGUGGAAGGAUGCAUGAUCUGAGCCGGGUCGCUCAAGUCGAUCUGUGCGAACAUAGAGGGUUGCUUGAAGCAAGGCAGAAAGGGGUCAGUGCCAGGACUGAGGGAUAGGAUUGCCAGCGAUAGCUCCUUUCUGUUUCAUUGAAUGGGAUUUUCACCAACCUUCUUUUACCUUAAGUGCCUUCCAGAGCCACAUCCCUCUUUGCUAUGUGUGUUCCACUGUUCUUCAUUGUGUUUAUUUCAGCUGAAGUAUUUUUGGUCAUAUUUGUAAAGACAAAUAAGCUCCUCUGGUGACUUCCCUUUUGAGCCCCUGUAACUACUCAGGUUCCUUGCCCUCUGGCUGUCUUUUGUUUCUGUGCUUUGAGCCUCCCCGGGUCUCAGAGGCAGAGUGGAGAAGAGUCAGUGACUACAUCAGGCCCACAUUGCCAAGAGUGGGAGCUUCUUUCCAGUAGAGCUGGGGUAGAGUGUUGGUUUUCCCUGAAGUCAUUUGGGAAGACCUGUUUGGUCAUUUUCAUGCACAGAAGAGCGAAUGCCCUGACUUUGGCUGUCUGUAGGAUCUACUUAGCGUGAGUGCAGCUGGGCCUGAGAUGAGAGAGAAUUCAGGCCCUCUCCCCAAGGGGGCUGCAUAAAGCCUGUAUUCGGGUGAAUUGAAGUAAGUGCAUCUUUUUAUUGCACUUUGAAAACUCUCUUAUUUGCCUCUACUUUAUUGUAGUACUUUGGACUCUUGACUUUGGGACAGACUUUCACCAGCAUAUAUCCUUAUAUUUGUACAGUGGUUUGAUUGUACAAAUGUACUUGUUGCAUUAAUGUCAAUGCCUGUAGGGUAGAAUCAGUAGUAUUUGCACUCUCUGAACCCAACUUGUCCUGUAACUUGAUGGUGAGGUAACUUCUUUCACUUGGCUUUGUGAAGUCCUGUAUGGGACGUUGGUUUAAUGAAACUGUUUCUUGUUUUCCUAAAUCAGUAUAGUAUCAUGGAAUUGUCAAACUGUGUCUCAGUUCUGCCAGAUCACUGAAUGAUUAUUGAGCCCUGGAUAACUCCAUGGAACUGGGAUCUCCUCAAGGCGGGCAGGCACGUUGGUAGGGAUGCCGGUGGCAGCCCAUCCACGCCGUCUUCUGUUGUUCAGCCCUCGUCCGUGCUGUCCUGCAGCUCUUCCCCGGAGGGUCCCCCUGGUGUCCUCGGGGUCUCCCUCGAUCCCUGGCCGCCGGGCGCCCCCUGGAGCGUGGUGAUCUCAUGCCUGGUCAUCACUUGCCCUUGCUCCGUGGCUGUGCCCCUCCCUUUUCUGAUCUUUGGUAUCUCUGAUGCUCUGGUUCUUUAUUGCUAAAGUGCUGUAGCCUGGCCAUCCCCAUGCUGCUGGUGACCUGCAGCUUUAACCCUUCAGAGACUGGUAGUCUGUAGUUUGCAGCCAUGAGGCAUCACCAGAACUUGGUCACACUUUACCAAAUUUCACAUGAGCUUGUAUGACACUGAAGAGGGCACAGUGGAGAGCUUGAGCCAUGACAGAUUGGCGAGUGGAGCUCACAGAAUUAGCAGCUUAGAAAAGGUGGUAUAUGAGGAAGCAACAGAACCCGGGGGCAAUGAUGGGUAGAUCGGAUGACCUUGAAUCAUGUUUGAAGUCGCAUUCAUUCUGUAGCCAACGAAUGAAUUUUGCUACGAAAGUUGACAAAAUGUUGGAAUGCUUUCAGCAAGGUUUGGAAAUUGUCACCUUUUGCAUUUGGAAAUUGUUUCCUGUGAGUCCAUUGAAGGCUUCAAGACUUCACAUUGUUCAAGUCACAUAUGGUAGGAGUUAUUCCAUUGAACUAACAUUUAGUUUGUUAGUGAGCACCAAGGCACUUUGCUAGGCUUCUGGGGGGGUGCCAAGAUAAAAAGAGAAAGAGAGAGAGAUAGCAUCUGCCCUCAAGGAGCACCAUGCCGUGAACAGUAGAGGUUUUUGGCACAAAAAUAUGUGUGUGCACAUUUAUUAAAACCUGUUUUUAGUUGAGGUAUUCAUGCUUGCUUAUUGCACCCUGACCAGCUGCCUGCCUCGCCCCACCUGGAGUCCUAAUUCUGAGUAUCAUGCAGAAGUGAACUGGCUCUUUUUAAGUUGUGAAAGCAGGAUUCUGUGUUUUGAGCUAGAGAAUUUGUCUGAAAUGUGAUAUUGAAAUUAAAAACAAAAGCAACAAAUGGAUUCAACGAGACUUCAGAGUGAACAGCUCUUUUAGGGAAAACCAGAAGCUUCUAGCUAGUGUGUGGCCCUGCUGAAAAUCAUGGUGAUUGCCCAAGUUGAAAGGAAUGGACUUUUUCAUGUGGUUGAUUGGGGAGGGGGCAGGGAGAGAGAGAGAUGGAGGGGUUGUCUUUAGCGUCUCCAUGCCAGGACCCAGUACAGGCUGGACAUGUGCUUUGAUAUAAGGCAAGGAGGCUGUCCUGUUAGUUGUGAGAGUCCAUAAUUAAGGUGAAUUCCAUUUCUUACAAACAUACCAGCAUGUGCUCGUUACUACAUAUCUUCAUUACCUGCACGUCUGAGCUCAGAGCACUCAUGCAUAGUCCAUGAAUAAAAUUGACAACAUUGUCACCAACAGCCAGUUUUCCAAUUUGGGGGACCCUUUUUUCAGAUUUUGUGGCAGUUAAACAGUAAAAUGCCAUUCAGUUUUUGCUAUUGGAAAGAGUUAAACCAAUCAUUUAAAAAACAAAAACCAAAAAUCUAUAUAGAGAGGUGUGAAUUGUUUAGAAAUGUGGGGACAUCCUUAUAUACUGAAAACAAAGGGCAGAUAUCCAGUUAAGCACACAUAUUCUCCAACCAGCCUCCCCCUACUACAAAAAAAAAAAAGCCAAACUCUUUGCUGGGGAGAUGGUGGCACAUGUCAGGUCCGGUGCUGCAUUUGCACAAAGACAAGUGUACAGUGACAAGGGUAUUGUACUGUGAACUUUUUUGAGGCACUGUGAAGUCAGUAAUCUAGUUAUUUUUUAAAAGUGUGGUUCCCCUAAUGGGUGCUCUUCUGUAAUGGGGCAAUAUUUGCUCCUAUGUUAACAAAGCAGGCAGUUGAACUAGCAGACCCUGCUGCAUCCCCUGCAUCCUCCGUGUACAGGAAGUCCACAUUGAGUCUUUUCUGAUUUUCUCAAAUUUGGGCUGCACCAAGGGGGAAAGGGAUGCAUGCCCAGAGCUAAUACAUGUGUUUAAAAUGGUGGUGCUUAAUUGGCUCACCUUUUCCCCCCGCAUUCAUUCCACCAUUCUCUGAUGGAAUAAAAAUAGCUAGUCAAUUGCUAGAAACAGUAUGUCCAGGGAGUAGGGGAUUCCACUGACAGAAGGGUAAAUUUUUGUUUCUGGAAUGAACUGUUUGGAAGCUCCAUUUAAUUCACCUUAUUUAUCGACUCCCAUUGUAUCUUGAGAUAAUUCUAGUAGGUGUUUUUAAAAAUAAUUUGACAUCAUGGAUUAUUUCUAGUUCAGUGGAAUGGGAAAGCAAUUGAAUUAGAAGUAUUUGAUUAUAGAUUUUACACCACAAGAAAACUUAAGAGUGUAACUCCUGAGGCACAACAUAUCUAUAUAUAUAUUAUAUAUUUUUUACCAGUACAAACCUGGUACAGUUUCGUUGACUGUGCAUUGUAGAAAAAAAAAUUAAAAUUAAAAAAAAGUUUUAUAGCAAAUGGUCACGCUGAUUUAUGGUUAUCUUAUUAGGACUGCUAGCCAUUAAUUUGGACAGAACUUUUAAUUUUCCCUCUUGAAUAUUAGUUUAGAAAUGUAGUUUAUUGUUACUGUAUCCUCACUAAAAUGUUUGCUCCUUUUUUUUUUAUUUGGAACAGAUUGCAAAUCUAUCUAGGAGCUCAUUUCAGUGUUUUUCAUAACUUUUUAUUACUCAAAACUAAUUUGAAAAAUGUUUCCACGCUCAACCUCAAAACCUGUAAUUAUUAAUUUUGCCUGUUUAUUUAUGACAUAAUUGUGAUUCUUUUUAUUACUAAAGGCUAAUGAGAAGGGAUCCUUGAAGCUGAUGACUAGGCCUACUUUUACUUUUCCUGCAGUGUAUGAAGUAUUGUACCAGAGUAUUAAAUGAAAUGUAAUAUUUUAUUGAAAAUCUGUCCUUUAAAAGGAAUACAUUUUAGGAUGUCAUCAAUUUGAUGUGACUCAUGCACAUGUUGACAAUAUGCGCUGUGUUUAUUAUACAUUUAGUGUUUCAGAAGACUCCCUUCUUGCCUUUUUGCCCACCUGUAUUAUGUAGUCGGUUUGCAAUUGUCAAAAAACGACAUGAAAAGAGUAGUUUAUGUACAGAAACAAUAGUGGAUGUUAAUCGCCUCCCGACCUGUAUUUAUGGGUGUUAGCUCAGAGGCUUUGCUAGCGGCAAGGCUGAAUUAUCAGAGUAAAAGCGUAUUGGUAAACUGUAUCAGAACUGAAAAUUAGAAAUAAAAUCAUUUUCUUAUA